GAAAGAGGCUUGACGGAUUACAUGGACGUUUUAGGUGAUUGGAAGCCACUUCUUUCAAACAAAUACAUCGGUUACGUAUUUUGUAGAAGAUUGACAGCAAAAUGGAAAUGUAUUGAGAUUGAAUCUAGAUUGAAGUGUCUACAUUAACAACGAAGCGAGAAUGAUGUUAGAAAGUGACUCGACAGAGACAGAAAGUACCGUACCUGUGCUGGACAGCGAGGCAGCAGCGGCGCUGCCGGAGCUGGACUUUAGUUCUCACACCACACACUCGUCUAAUGUGUUGUUGGAAAACAAGCGAAUGGGGCUGAUGCUCGUGGCGAACCCCGGGUUCGCUGUUCGUAUUUCGGACUCUUGUGAGAGCGUGUUGACCGAGCUGGAGACGGACGGGUCCGGGGAGGAGGCGCUGCUGCUGCCGGGCUCUGCGGGAGGCUGGGCGGCCAGAGGCGGCCAGGACCCGGGGAACACACACGGCUCCUCAUCGGAGAAGGACACGCUGGCCUCCCCAGGUAACUCCCCAGGCACAAAUAGUGGGGACUUCAACCAUUUUCCUGAGGACCCUGAGUUUGCAGACAUUAUCCAAAGGGCAGAGCAGGCAAUUCAAAGCAGAAUCUUUCCGGAGAGGAUUUCCCAAGGUUCCAGCGGGAGCUACUUUGUCAAAGACUCAAAAGAGAAGAUCAUUGGUGUUUUCAAACCAAAGUCAGAGGAACCUUACGGUCAGCUGAAUCCAAAAUGGACCAAGUACUUUCACAAACUCUGUUGUCCGUGUUGUUUUGGGCGAGGCUGCUUGCUGCCUAACCAGGGUUACCUCUCAGAAGCUGCUGCUUCACUGGUCGAUACUAAGCUCGGUCUGGGAGUGGUGCCAAAAACCAAGGUAGUUUAUUUGGCGAGUGACACAUUCCACUACAGUGCUAUUGACAGAGCAAAGUCCAGAGGGAAGAAGUAUGCAUUAGAGAAAGUUCCAAAGGUUGGACGACGUUUCCACAGAGUGGGGCUGCCUCCAAAGGUGGGUUCAUUCCAGCUGUUUGUGGAGGGUUACCGUGAAGCCGACUAUUGGCUGCGGCGCUUUGAGGCAGAACCCUUGCCAGAGAACAUCAGGAAGCAGCUGCAGUCACAAUUUGAGCGGCUUGUGAUCUUGGACUUUGUCAUCAGAAACACAGAUCGAGGGAAUGACAACUGGUUGAUUAAAUAUGAGAAGCCAGGAGAAGGAGCCAAAGGGCAUAAGGAGGCAGAGUGGCCAGAGAACAGUCCAGACUCCUGCAUCAAGAUCGCAGCGAUCGACAACGGGUUGGCCUUCCCCUUCAAACACCCAGACGAGUGGAGAGCUUACCCAUUCCACUGGGCAUGGCUCCCUCAGGCUAAAGUGGCCUUUUCCCAGGAGACCAGAGACCUUGUGCUGUCCCGUCUCUCCGAUAUGAACUUUGUCCAUGACCUCUGUGAAGACCUGUAUGAGAUGUUCAAGACAGAUAAGGGUUUUGACAAAACCAUGUUUGAGAGACAGAUGUCUGUUAUGAGAGGACAGGUGGAGGAUGAUGGGGGUCUCUGUCCGGAGGCCGGCUUGGGGGCGAGAGAACGAUGCGCUCUCUCGAUUUCUGGCAGUGACGGCAGCGUAUCAUUCCCAAACAGCUCACACAGCAGCUUGGAGAAGAAAGCAGUAGCAGACCCACUCUCAGUCGACUCCGGUGUUGAACUUGAGCCAAGCGUUGAAGGACGGGAAGAGCCCCAUCCAGCUGGUGCAGAUGCCCCGGGUGGUAGUGGAGCGCAGCAGCUCCGGGGGCCAAGGACGAGUCGUCACGCUGGGAAACGCAUUCACACAAACCUUCCACUGCAAGCGGCCUUUUUUUUCCUCUUGGUAGUCAAACGUUUGGAGGGGAUUGGCUAAGGAGAUCAUUUUGGAUUUUUUUUUCUACUCGCCUCCUUCCCUCUUUGGUCCCUUGGGCAUGAAGCAAUCAAGGAAGGAUGAAAUGAAGAGAAGAGAUAAUCACACUGGAAACAAGUGAAAUCUGUCCUAUCAACAAAAGGAAGAGACAGAAAAUACAAUAAAAAAAACAACUUUACUGACAAAAUUGAGAUGAAAGGGUUGUUUCACUGCAAAUGCAGCAGACAGGAGUUUGAGUUGCCUGGAUUAGCAGCGACUGCUUCAAGGAGAGACUACUGAGCUGUUCCACUUACUGUAGAGACUUGAUUGAUUAAUUGGCUUUUCCAUGGAGAUCUGCUUUGUUUGUUAUGAAAAAGGAUUUUCUUUUUUUAAAUAUCAACCGAAGUGUCAUGCACAGUCUUACAGUGGGGUGAUGACCAAAGGCUGAGUUUAACAAUUUGCAAGACUGGUUUCACCAAACUCUAUAAAAAAAGAAAUAUUCUCAGUUAAAUUUGAACCGUGUCUAGGUAAAGUUGAAAAUAUUUCCUUUGCUUUUUAUGAUUAUCUUUUGCAAUAUAGAUGUUGCUGUUGGCAAUGUUUUUGUUUGGUUUUACCCAUUUGAGUGAAUAACUCUUUAUCCAAAAGCCAAAUCUGUUAACAAAGGGAUUUGGUAUCUUAAAUUCUCAGUACUGCCAAAGGUGUUUGUCAAAAGACUAUAGAAAAGCUUCAAAUGAAGAAUGUUGUUUAAACAUACAGUUGGAGCAGAAAAAACUACAGGAAAAACAUAUUGCUUGAAUGUAUUCUGUUUACAUUAUUUUAUAUAUAUAUAUAUAUAUAUAUAUAUAUAUAUAUAUAUAUAUAUAUAUAUAUAUACACACACACACACAUACAUUCGUGCCCCUUAACAUUUCAAAAUAAGCUAAGGCUAUCAGACAGACUUCCUGUGAAUGUAUUUGUGUUUUGACAUGUAUGUAGUUGCUGAAAAGCAGCUUUUUCUUGAACCUUGUGACACAGGGGCAACAUCACCCAGAUAAAAACUAUUCUGUUGCUUGAUUGUCUUUUCUUUUGUAUGAAUCUUAAGCUUUUUAUUCCAACACAGUGAUUGUUUAAGAAAAGUUGUAUAUUUAAUUAAUUAAAAAAAUGUAAAUUUGGGAAAUUUCAAUGUAUUUUUUUUCCAUUGUUAUUUUUGCAAAUUCACAUGUUAAACUGCAGCAGCUGACUCACUGCUGAGGGAAAUUAUAGUACAUUUACAAGUUGAAAUAUUGAAACCUGAUCCUAACUUGAUGAAUGCCCUUCCAGCAAGACAUUUUGUUUCUAAUAAUUAUAUAUUAAAAAGAAACAAUACU